AUGAGGAAGAAGCUGGCUCAAAGGCUGCAGGACGCGGAGGAAGCCGUCGAGACUGUGAAUGCUAAAUGCUCCUCCCUGGAGAAGACCAAACACAGGCUGCAGAACGAGAUUGAAGAUCUCAUGGUGGAUCUGGAGAGGUCCAACGCAGCAGCCGCUGCUCUGGACAAGAAGCAGAGGAACUUUGACAAGGUCCUGAAUGAGUGGAAGCAGAAGUUUGAAGAGUCGCAGAGUGAGCUGGAGGGCUCCCAGAAGGAGGCCCUGUCCCUGAGCACUGAACUCUUCAAGCUGAAGAACGCUUAUGAGGAGUCUCUGGACAACCUGGAGACCCUGAAGAGGGAGAACAAGAACCUGCAAGAGGAAAUCUCUGACCUGACUGAGCAACUUGGUGAGGGAGGCAAGAAUAUCCAUGAGCUGGAGAAGGCUAGAAAGCAGCUGGAGCAGGCUGGGAAAGGACUGUAUUUAGUGCCCCUGCUGCUCUUUCUCUUCCCUUCCUGUACAUUCCUUAGAAGUAAAUUGCAUUUGAAAAUGAAUUAUGCUCCUGUGUUGUGUGUCUGCUUUGACGAAUGUGUAUAAUUGCUGGCUAUGGUGACCCUCAGAGGAGAAAAUCUCUUGAACCCAUACAGAGAAGAAAUGUUAUAGCGAGAUAAAAUAAAAGACGUGACGUGCCCCUCUUAGUGAGCCCCCAGGCCGCAUAACAGAAUAUUUUCAUAUAUAUGUAUUUUUAAAUUUAGUAGUUGCCAAUUAUUUUUUAUUAUUUUCUCCC